AUGAUUUUAAACUAUAAAGAAGUUCUUGUGCCAUUUUUCAAGAAAAGCAAUAUUAAGAAUAGUUCUGGUGCAAAAUUCACCACAUCGAAAUAUAAAGUUAUUGAAUUUAGUGAUGAACAUAAGGAAACUGUUACGUGCUCAGAGUCAGCGAAUGGUGUAGUCACUGAAGAUUUUAUUCAUCUAAAGAAAUCUUGUUUACCGAUUUUUCCAGAAGUACAAAAUAAGGUUUAUAAUGCUCCAUUGCCUUUAAAAAAGUAUAAGCUAUUAAAUGUUAUGGAAUUGGCCAGACAGUAUGUUGGCGAUGCUGAAAUGUGGUACUACCAACUUGUACCUACCUGCAGAGACACAAGAAUGCCAGACAUCUAA